AUGCUUCAGCUCCUUGCAAAGAUCUCCCUUCUACUCCUUGCCCUUUGCUUUCAUGGCACAAAGGCCGAUACCAUCUACAGUUGGUCGUGUGGUCAUGGGUUUUCAGUCCAAGGAAGCGAUGGGUAUUGCCGAUUGUAUCAACCAGAUUACAAGAGCACAGGUGUUUUUAAGUGCCCAUAUUCCGGAUGCUGGUCUGGCGAUAACAACAAAUGGGUCACCAUGACCGAUUGCGAAUUGAUUGGAUCACCCAACAAAGGCAAAAGUAAACAAAAAUGUGCUCAAUAUAAUUGGAAUGUAGUCAAGAACAAUUAUGAUUGUACUAACUCAGGUGGUUGGACUUAUGCAUGCCCCAAUACUCCUGAGACUAUACACGACUACAUUUCAUGCAAUGAUUGCACAGAAGUACCCAAACAGUGA